CAGUGUGUCUGUGUUCAGACCCCCAUCAGACCCACACACACGCCACCGAGUCCGUGGAACUAUAGUAAAGGAGACUGGACUACAACACCACUCAACACACACUUACGCAGACACACACACACCUCGGCUAGAGUCUGUCAGCGCGCGAGAAGAGCUCAGGAUGGUCGGGAUUCCGGGCGCGUUUCAGUUGCAGAGAAGAACGUUCCUGCCAUGCCCGGAUCCCCAGUGGAUGGAAAGACUCAUUCCAGACCAACCGUCUCCGUCAUGCCUCCUCUUCCCUCCAUCAAUCCCAGCGGACCUCGUCCGGCGGCGUUCUCCACCACAGCACUGACCAAUGGGAUCAACCAUUCCCCCCCGAUGCUCAACGCCGUUCCGUCUCCGCCUCAGCGCUACAGCAACGGGCCGUCGUCAUCAUCUUCCUCUUCACUGGCCAAUCAGCAGCUUCCGGCGACCUGUGGCGCGCGCCAGCUGAGCAAACUGAAGCGCUUCCUCACCACUCUACAGCAGUUCGGCAAUGACAUCUCGCCUGAGAUCGGGGAGAGCGUCCGAAACCUGGUGCUCGCUUUAGUGAAUUCCACCGUCACCAUUGAAGAGUUUCACUCCAGACUGCAAGAAGCCACAAACUUCCCCUUAAGGCCCUUCGUCAUACCAUUCUUAAAGGCCAACCUGCCUUUACUGCAGAGAGAGCUUCUUCACUGCGCUCGGGCUGCCAAACAGACUCCAGCACAGUAUCUGUCCCAACACGAACACCUCCUGCUCAGCACCAGCGCCCCGUCUCCAGCCGACUCCUCUGAACUCCUGCUGGACCCCAACGACAGCAGCAAACGACACAGUCCCAGCCGAAGUAAAGAGAAUGGCUUUCACGAUCGGCCUCCCGCCUCCCUGGAACCUCCUGCCAAACGGAUCUGCACCAUUAGCCCCGCCCCCAGACAUAGCCCCGCCCACCCACUCCAUCUCCCCGCCCAGAUCCACCCGACUCCGCCCCCUCUGCAACACUACGCGCUGGAUGACAUCAGCACACCUCAGCUGUACCGAGAGCCUCACCGAAUCCUGGAGCUGAGGGAGCUGAAGGACAGGCCACGACUGCCAGGCAGUAACGGAGGCUAUCGCGAGGAGCCUGUCGACCACAGACUGACGGAAAGAGAGUGGGCUGAGGAAUGGAGACAUCUGGAUCAUGUGCUGAAUUGCAUUGUGGACAUGGUGGAGAAAACGCGUCGUUCGGUGAGCGUUCUGCGGCGCUGUCAGGAGUCGGACCGCGAGGAACUCAAUUACUGGAGGAGACGCUCAAACCCGCACGACGACGCACGCAAGAACGGGACGACAUCAGGGAACGCCCCCUUCAACAAAACACACAGUCCUCUGUCGGCAGAGGGAGUCAACGCAGACUCUCAGAGGGAUCUUCCCCUGCGCUCCGGCUCUGGCUUCGUGCCUGAUGAGAUAUGGAGGAAAGCCGAGGAGGCGGUGAACGAGGUGAAGCGGCAGGCGAUGGACGAGGUGCAGAAAGCCGUGGCCGAGGCCGAGCAGAAAGCCUUCGACAUGAUCACAACUGAGAGAGCCAAGAUGGAGAAAACCCUCGCGGAGGCCAAGAGGAAAGCCACGGAAGAUGCCAUCCAGGUCAUCAACGAGCAGGAGGACUCCAGUGAGUGUUGCUGGAACUGUGGUCGUAAGGCGAGUGAGACGUGCAGCGGCUGUAACGCGGCGAGAUACUGCGGCUCCUUCUGUCAGCAUAAAGACUGGGAACGACACCAUCUCAUCUGUGCGCCGGGACUCCAGAACCAGCCCAAACCCUCGUCUCUGAGCGCGCGGGUCCUGGCCAAAGCCCCCGACAGCGGCCCCGUCCCGAGCCCCGUCCCCGAGAAAACCUCCCGCGCGUCCACACCCGCGUCGGACGCCAGCGCACACUAGCGCACACACACACCGCUUCAUUCGGGAGCGGGACGUUCAGACACUCUUCUGCGAGUUUACCCAACAGGACCACGAGGUUUUGGUGCAGAUCUGCGAUGGCUUUCACCCGCACAAACUGUUGUCAGUGUUGCGUCUGUCCGCUUGUUUAUGUGCAUGAGUGUGUUUCUGUACAUAUCAGAGCAAUAUAAGACUGAUGGAUUCACCAAAGCUGUCAAUGAAUGCUGUGACAUGUUCAUGUGUCGGUUUAUCAUUAUUUUAUGACCAUUAGUGAUGCACGAUAUAUCGGUAUCGGCCGAUAAAUAAUCAUUUUUAAUGUUAUCAUUAUCGACCCGAUAAGGAAAUUUGGUCGAUAUAUUAAAGCCGAUAAAUAAUGUAUUAUUUCCUUCAGCUGAGACGCUUCAGAUGCGAACUGUUCAACAAGAUGGAGGUAUGAUUACAGUGAAAAUGGGGAUUAUACUUGUGUGUUUGGGACAUGGAUUAUAAUGAUGAGACUUUUGUUUUUGAAAUCAGGCUCUCGAAAAUAUAUACAAAUUUGGAUUUAGAUUAUAUUGUUUAUCGGAUUUCAAAUAUAAAGAAUUAUCGGUUAUCGGUAUUGGCCAAAAUUGUCAUAUUGGUGCAUCUCUAAUGACAAUAUUAUCAGAGUUUAGAUGGAGAAUCGUGUGUUAAACAUGGCUAACAAACCGUGGUCUGAAGGGUCCAGAUUUGAUCAGGGUCGGUUUGUACAAUCAUCAUCUUCCUGUUACAGAUCCCAUAGAAACCACACGGUGUGUGUGUGUGUGUGUGUGCGUCAACAUGCAAAACUCGAAAUCUCAGGAGGAUAUGUACAUAAUUUGAUGUUUGUUCAACAUGUAGAGUCUGUUUUUUUUCUUUUAUUUCCACACUGACGUCUUCAAUUACCUGUUUCGUACGGUACACAACAUGUUGAUUUAUUUUUUCAUGAUCAGAUUGUGUAAAAUAUAAUGGUGCAAGAGAAUCUUUAUUUAGUGAGCUACUCUGUGACAUUCAUUUUUUUCCUUUGAGAAUUCUUGAAUAUUGGUAUGAAGUAGAUAUUAAAAAAAUAAAGACAUUAACAUGG